AUGGCAGAAUGGCAAACCACAUAUCGAAUCGCUUGGUUCUGGGUGUGUCUUUUCGGAAUUUUUGCUCUAGUUUCUUUGAAAUUUUGUCUGGAUAUUGAUUACAAGGCCUAUAACACGCCAACUUUUAUGACUGAACGAUUACUAGAAAGAGACAUUCCUGCACAUGUAGGUGCGAGCUUGGAGCUGAAGAAUUAUGAAAAUGUUAAAGAUGGAAAAUGUUUGAAACGUCUCCCAAAGGCCAUAAUAGUCGGGGCGAUGAAGUGCGGAACAGGCACAAUGAAUGAAUUUCUCAACUGUCACCCAGAUAUCAGAUCACUAACCGGGGAAAACGACUUCUUUAUAAACGACACACUUUACAACAAAGGAUUGACAUGGUUCAAAAACAUAAUGCCGUGUACGUACCCACACCAGAUUGCAAUAACGAAAAAGCCUCAAUAUUUUGUACGUGAACGAGCUCCUCCAAGAAUUCUGUCCAUGGACAGGAACAUAAAGCUGAUAUUCAUGCUGCGGGAUCCAGUCGAACGGGCUAUGUCUAAUUAUUUACAUAGGUUACAUGCGGGUAAAGUGGCUGGAAAAGAAUUCCUGCAAAUGGUUUUUUUGCCAGAUGGCAGAACGGUUAAAGAAACAAACGAGUAUAUACACAUUUCAAGUUACGUAGAUCAUGUACAAAGGUGGUUAAAAUAUUUUGACAAAACAAACAUGAUUUUUAUAGACGCUGACCUCUUAAGAAUUAGACCUUGGAUUGAACUUAAGCGCGUUGAGAAGUUUUUAGGUGUGAGGGAUUACUUUACGGAGGAUAUGUUUCCAUUUGUCGAGGAGAGAGGUGAACGAUGUGUGAAACAAAUGUCUGGUGAUUUCAAGUGUAUGAGCGAAAAGAAGGGGCGUUCUCAUCCCAAGAUUGAGGAGGAGUCAGAAAAGUUGUUACGGAACUAUUUCGCACCGCUCAACCGUCAACUGUUUGAACUGCUGAACACAACUUUUGACUGGGAAUAG